AUGGUGUACGCUUGGCUUGGAGAAGAAACCAAGCCGUCAAGAGCUAAGAUGAUUUCAACGCCAGCCGUUGACGGCUGGGCCUCUUUCCUCAUGGCAUCAUUCAAGUGUCUGAAACAGGGCAUUAGUGGGCAUAAGAAGAAAAUGAUCCAGCCGUCAAGGGCUGGUACCGAGAUCAUCUCCUUUCUCACCGGGAACCGGCCAUUCGACGACAAGUCCCCUUGGAACUUGAUGACUACAGAUGAGAUCGCCCUGGGCCUGAAAGACAUCUUACAACGUCCGUAUUUCAGCCGCAUCUGGGUCGUGCAGGAAGCCGCGUUGGGACAAGCUGUCAAGAUGCAAGUCGGAGAAACAGCAUUUGAGUGGGGUGGCAAUGAAGGCACUCGCAGGUUUCUCACGCGGAUCAAGCUACUUGAGAUUUCCCCCGCCUGGCAGAAAAACAAAAAGCUCAAAAGUAUUGACAUGCGUCCUCUCCGAGAGCUCCUAGAGCAGACGGUUGCAUACAUGGACAAGCUAGCCGGUGUGAGCCCGCAUGCCACGUUCCUGGACAUUGUGCACCAGAUGCGACAUAGGCAGUCAACAGAUCCGCACGACAAGAUAUACGGCCUCCUGGGGUUGGCAUUACCGGUUGAGAUUGCUGGAUUUGUCCCCAAUUAUACUGAGAGUUGGGAGGUGACUUACGAGAGAUUCUAUAAUCAUGCGCUCAGCACUGUGUUACAAGGCCCUGACAAGGAAUGGCAAGUAGAUCAGGGGUCAGAGUGA